AUGGCCGAUCCAUAUGAUCCAGCGAAUCCGGGAAACGAUCCACUUCGUUCGGCCGAUGACAAUUAUCAGAAUUUGGGCGGUCUACCGUAUGCCAACAUGGAUCCAAACGCGCCCCACGGCACAGAUGUUCCACCGCCACCGACGGCUCAAGCUCCGCCCCUCGUUCAGGAAUCUGAUAAGGCGCCGAGUAGCAAGAAGCCAGUAAAAGGAGGAAAUGAUAUGGUGGGAAGCGGCGUUCAGGAAUUGCCAGAUUCCGAUCCAUCGGACUCGAGAAACUAUCGGGUCGACAAGCCGAAAGUCAAAAAGUUGAAGAAGAAAAUUAAACGCGUCAAAAUCGUCUACUGGAUAAUGAUCGUGUUGUGGGUUAUCGCGUUGGUCCUGUUCGUCCUCAUCCAUCUCAACACAUUCGGAAUCCACGUGUUGCCGUUUCUGCAGAAGGAUUGA